UAAUUAAAACCCUGAAGAGCAAAUCAAUUCUAACAAAAAGAAUCGAACAUCGAUUUAUCGCUUAUUUUCACAGAGACUAGCAGUGUGAAGGUGUAAUUUACCGGUAGCGUGUGUUACUUUUGUCAGGUAUCAAUUCCAGUCACAUCAUGAAGCUAGUGAGAUUUCUAAUGAAACUGAGUCAUGAGACUGUGACGAUAGAACUGAAAAAUGGCACUCAAGUCAACGGCACGAUUACAGGUGUAGAUGUGGCAAUGAAUACACAUUUGAAAACAGUGAAAAUGACAAUAAAGAAUCGAGAUCCAGUGCAAUUAGAGACUUUGAGCUUACGAGGAAACAACAUAAGGUAUUACAUCUUGCCUGACUCCCUUCCUUUGGAAACUUUGCUGAUAGAUGAUACACCAAAAGCCAAGGCCAAAAAGAAAGAAGCGGCAAGAGGAGCUGCCCGUGGUCGAGGACGUGGUGCUAGAGGUGGUAGAGGCGGCAGGGGUGGCCGUGGUAGAGGACGAGGCAGGCGAUAGUGAUACUACCACGUACACCACCACGUACACCCUUUGUAAAUCGUCGAAAUAUAAAUUUUUCUAUCCUCAAUGGGACAAUUCGUCGAGUUUGAUAAGAAUGCAAUUAAUUUAAUAAGGAUAUGACUACAAGAGGUUGUUCAACAAAUGGUAACCUUAGCGAGUCAAGUUUAAAAAAUGCAAUGUCAAAUCGAUUUCCUUCUUAGUGGUCGAGGUGUAGCAUCUGUUGACCAUGAAUACCAUUCCGGUAUUUUUAACCUUGUGUUGUCGUUCGUCUGUUUCUAGUGUGCGUUCAAGGAACUAAAAAGAAAGAUCAAUGGAGAUAUUUAUAUACAUAUAUAUAAGUCAAUUUCAGUACAAUAACAUUCACUUCAAUAUCAAUUUCAAUGCAUUUCAUAGCUAGACCUCUUCUCUUAGGAUGCGAUUGAUGUCGACUUGGACUUGACAAAAUGUAAGGUAAAAGUACUAAUAUCUGAACACUCAUAACACUGAUACUUAACUCUGAGCAUUUUUAUUGUUUUAGUUUUUACAAAAUAGGAUAUAUCUAUGUAUAUAUUCUAUAUUGAAAGUUUAAAUAGUCAUAUUUAAAGACUAAAACAAGACCAAAAUACUAAAACAAUGUCCAUGGGUAGAUACUAGUGUUAUUAGUAUCCAGGCAUUAUGUGAUACUUUUGUCUUAAACGAUUAAUGUCAACUAUUAGUUAACUGUAAGUUUUCACGAAGAGAGAGAGAGAGAGAGAGAAAAAGAUAACAAAUUACGAUUAAAUGUCUGGAUGCAACGCGAUCAAACUGAAGUAUUAGUACAAAACUACAAGUAUUUUGCACUAAAUAUCACGCGACACUAUUGUAAGACGAAUGCCCGAUUACACUUUAAUUUUUUGCAAUUGGAAUUUAUUAGUGCGGGACGCGAGAACUUUUUGAUUAAAGAAAAGAUACAAAGACAUAUUAAUUAAAGCGCGACCAAUGUUUUCGAUUGGUCUAUCGCCUUCAAACUCGCUUUUGUUAUCACGUAACGAACUUCAAUUACACACAAACACAGACUGCCCUCAGUGCAUUCGUCUAACCGCUUCUGUCAGCGUUUACGCGAGGCGAGGCCGACCGUCGUGACAAUGUAACUCACACGUCCGCCACAUCGCGACGAUCCGUCUCAAAAUGUUCGCGUGUGAUUAUGUGGAGAUCAUCAAAAAGGCUGAUCGUCAGUUGCGUACAAUUCGUCUUCAGAUGCGGCCGCGGUAACCUCGAGGCGGAAGAUAUGGAUGACAUAUCAGAUUACGAUGUUCCUGGUAAUACGGCGACGACGGUCGGUCGGCUCUUUGCGUCGCGGGAGUUAAACGCUCUCGAUGGAGCGUUUAACUCUCGCGAGUGUAACUUAAUAUCACGUGAGAAGCGGUGCAUCGCACUUCGCCUUACGCUCACAGUGUGCGGAAAGUGGCACGGAGCGUGCAGAGUGCUCGUUCAGUUUCACUUUGAUGCGAUUAAUCCGCGGCAAUCGCUGUCCAAGCAAAUUCGCGCGUGACUCGAGAAAAUCCAAAAUGUUCUCGCCCCGUGAGGAGAAUUAACUUAUGUGAAUAUCGUCUUCGAGAGUAACGAGCCCCGUGCCUCGUCGAUUAAUCAUUAUUAACAAAAUUAUUACUCAUUAAUAAAAUUGUAUGAUACCUACAAAGGAAACUAGCAUACUCGUGUAACGUUAUCUGGAUUAAAAUAGCAUACGCCGCGCGAUUAUGUCAUAAUCGAUCAACGAGAAAAACCGGUCGCACGCGCAAUGUAAUCCCCGAGAUAUAUCCCGAUAGAAAGAGAGAAAGAGAUAGAUCAUCCCCAAGAUAAAACAUCUCAAGCGUGCUGAAUCGCAUGCGCAAUUCCGCGACGUUGCGAGAGUGAGUGCGGCGCACCGCGCCGCGGAGAGACGGACGUUUCGCGCGCAAUUUGCGAUUACUCAUCGCGGCGAUAAUACAUAAUGAAGAAUCGUCGCCGUUGACCGAAUUUACCGCUCGUCUGCGGCUCGUUGUCGGGCCCGCGGCGCAAUCCGCCACGGGGAAUCGAUCGAUAUCCCAGCCAGCGUGUAGAUGCUCGUCGGAGACGCGAUAUAGAGCGCUGAAAUCGAUUCAACGUCCUCCAGCAGUGCACUUCCAGCCGCGAACCUUCGGGACACAAUGCCAACCUCAGCACCGACCGGACGCGCCCGGUGCGAAACGCAGCUCGCCGCCGGAGGUGGUGACGAAGAUGCUGCGCGCCCUGGAGGAGAUGGGCGAGCCGGUGGACCCGUCGACGGUCGACAAGAUGCGCACUGAUCCAGCUAUGUCCCUGGAGUUCUUGCUUCGCCCCAAUACGCGAGAACAAGCUGAGAGCAGAUGAAAAAGGAGACUUGCGGCCUCUUCUUCGGCAACCUCGGGACUGAUGACUUCUCAGGUGGCUCUUGGUAUCUCAAACUUCGGCUUUUACGGCAGCUGUCGAUCUGCUCGUGUCAAACAUUCGUGUCAUAGCGUAACUUUGAUUUUAGUUCUCCCUGCUGCGCGUUCAACGUUGCGUGUAACAACGGCGUAUGACAUAGAAAUAAACCGAUGCAAUAUAAUAUACUCUCGAAGAUGCAAAGAAUUGCGCAAUUUAGGUUUCUUCUUUUUUUUUCUUUUUGUUUUCAUCGGCGAAUGUUUGUUACAUCUUUCGUACGAAACUGCGUAUCGUCGCUGUGUAUUAUCGCCGCAGCGCAUUGGCGAGACGCAGGAGCUAUUUAUACUCGAAUCAUGCAGUAGAAAACUCGAUUAGAUCUCACCGAAUUUGACUCUAUAUUCUGUGGAAAUUUUGCUAAACGCUCGGUAUAUCGACAUGGCUAAUGGCUUUAUUCUCGAUGAGAUUCGCCGCGCUGGAAAAUUCGACGCACAUUGCGCGACGAGGAGAGAUCUCGUUGAAUUGCCAACAAUUUUUCUAAUUUCCUACAACGUCGGAAAGGAAUUGUCGCCGUGUCUUUCGCACACAAUUCUUCACGAAAUUGUACGUUGCAUAUAUUUGUCCAGAAAGUUCAAUAAAAUAUGUAUAAGAAAU